UUUGUGCGCGUCCACUGGAAACUGUUUCCUCAAACUGCAGCGCGCGAGUUAGAUGGCAAGUUAAAAGCGCACUGAUCAUCAAGGAAGAUCAGGCAAGUCUGUGUUCUAGUGGAAUUACACAAGCAUUAUAGCGAACGCUCUGGGGGGUGGAGUAUUUAAUAGAGACUCAUCCGAUGCGUUUAUUUAUCAUGUAAAUGUCUUGAGUCUGACUAAGCACCGUGGACUCUUCUUUGCAGCCGCCUCGACGUGAUAGCAAAGUAGUCAAGACUAAUUUGACUUCACUGCGUCAACUUGGAAUCAGCAUUUUCACUAUACCACUUAUCACUCCCCAUGGAUCUGUCUGGCAUCGGUCACAGGCUUCUUGUGUUGCUCUCGUAGGCGCAAAAGAAAUGACAGAUUACUUUGACAAGGGAGAGACACUGUGGGUUUCAAUUUUCUUUCAAACUGUGAAGGAAUGAUGUCCAAAAGAGGAUGUGUACAAACAGGAAGAUCGUCUGGAGUCUGGUGGUGCUGUCAGUACUGGAGAUUGGGUUUGGUGUGUCGAGCAUCACCUUGGGUGCGGUGGGGCUGAGGAGCGUCCGAACCACUAUGCAGAAGACGCAGUUAGGAGAUGCCUCUCCGGUAUGGAGCGGAAUGUGUUUUCUCAUCUGUGGACUGUGUGGGGUACUCUGUGCCAUAAAGAGGUCAGGGCUCAUUAUGAUAUUGUUUUCAGCCUGCUGCAUCUGCGGGCUGAUCGGCGGGAUCCUGAACAUCCAGUUCGUGCGGGUGCUGGUGAAGCGGUCGGACGGGCUGCGCUCCGUCCACCUGGGGGCGCUGUCGCUGGCCUCCCUGGGCAUCGCCGGCUGCACCCUGUGCACCUGGCUGACGUGCCGCCUGGCCAGCACGGAGCAGCGGCGCAUGUUCCUGGAGAGGGAGCACUCGCUGCACCACUCCCACGAGAUGACCGAGAAGGUGCGGCGCACGUCCUCGCUUGCCAUCACCUGACGCGCAGUCCGACCUGGAAGACCUCUGCUUCGAUUUCUGGGUGGGUGGGGGGUAGGGGGGCUGUUGCCGCACCCAUUAACAUGAUGCUCGGCUCAAAUUGCUUCCAUAACAUAUAUAUGAAUCAUGCUAACUUGGAUAACAACGUGAAAUAUGAUAAUAUAAACUAUUUAAUUUGCCCUGGAAAAGUGUGUCUACUGAGUGCAUCAGUAAUGAUAGCAAUAUUGAUACCGCAUUUAGAUUUCCUCUGGCUUGAGAUUAUACUGUAGAUCCAUACAUAUACCCCCCUCUAGUUAGUUUAAUAUUAUAUAAUUUUGGGAGAGCAACCUACUGUAUUAGAUCUACAAACAAAGACCAAACAAUUACUUCCAUUCUAUUUAUUUCAUAUAAGAAAUACAUGUGUCACCUGCUCUAAAAAGAGAUAAAAAUGCAGGAUUCUCUUACAAUGACAUUACCAUGAUGGUGAAAAAGUUAUAAAUUAACUUCAAUAAAGAAAUUAAUCAUUUUACAGCCUGAAUUUGGUGGAGAUAGCAGGAUAGCCACCAAUACUAGUUUGAAUGAACUCCGCAGUAGUAGAAGGUAUCAGAGAGGAAAUAUAUCCAUUGUAGCUCUUUCAGUACUUUGUUUUCUCUGAAUGGAUUAAAAACUUCAUCUGCCAUUCUAUGCUUCUGAAAAAUAUUUGUCAAAAAAUGAGCAUGUAAAGAUAUUCUGAAUCCUACCAAUUGGCACCAUCCAAGGUUUUAGUGCACAGGGAUGACAAUGCUGAGGAUCCAGCCUGAUGUAGUUGAACUAGAAGCACUGAUAAUGUUCUUAGAAAAUAUAUACUUUAUUCUAUAACACAGAUUCAAACUUGUAAAUACAUCUUCUGACUUAUGAAAAUGCUUACAUUUAUGACUAUACUAUAUUUUUAUAUAAAUGCUUCUCAUGAGAACAAAAUGAAAUAAAACAAAAGAAAAAUACAAUAAAACCAAUAUCUAGUUGUGCUGUGUUUCUUGUAUUCAUUUUAAUCAGAUUUACUUUAUACCACCUUCAGAAACUCUUGAAUUAAAUUUUGCAGCUUCUUUUUAACCAUCACUGUGUGGUGGGACACACACACCACAGAAGCAAAGAGUGGCGUGAGGCAUGUCCCUGUAUGGAACUUCAGCUGGGCUCAGCUGAAGUUAGGUGUCACCUCUCUGCAGCUCCUCAGUGGCACAGACAGUUCAACACCAGCCGAUGAAACAUCAUCACCAGCCACAUCAGCAC